AUGUCGCAAGGCUUCCAGACUUCUCAGCAAGCAUCCAACAGCCGACCACAGCAGCUUCCUUCUUUUUCUGUCCGUGACGGUGAGCUCGGUGCUGUUGGAAGUGCAUCGAGCACACAGCAGACAAAGGGAGCGGCAGCCCACGAAGAUAGGGAUGGAAGCGCAGUGGUUAGCCACAGAAGCAGUGCGGCGAGCAGUUCACUCCGUGAGGAGAGCGCAAAACUAUUGCCGGCGGCAGGUCAGCUGUUUGUUGCCGGUCCUGCAGCAGAGGGACAUGUUGAAUCAGCAGCUGGUCCAGAGUCUGGAAGCAUCCCAGUCAUGCCGAAAGGUACAAAUUUUCAAAGCGGAGAGCAAGCCUUGAGGGUUCGCAGCUGCAGUCACGGCAGCAGCAGAGCAAGCAGUGCAGAAAUCCAGACAUUGAGCCCUGGUGCUGAAGCAGAGCAUCCA